UAGUUAUAAUAUUAUAUAAUACAGAUCUAUAGGACAACAUGCUAGUUAUAAUAUUAUAAUACAGAUCUAUAGGACAACAUGCUAGUUAUAAUAUUAUAAUACAGAUCUAUAGGACAACAUGCUAGUUAUAAUAUUAUAAUACAGAUCUAUAGGACAACAUGCUAUUUAUAAUAUUAUAACACAGAUCUGGAUGACAACAUGCUAGUUAUAAUAUUAUAACACAGAUCUGGAUGACAUCAUGCUAGUUAUAAUAUUAUAAUACAGAUCUAUAGGACAACAUGCUAGUUAUAAUAUUAUAACACAUCUAUAGGACAACAUGCUAGUUAUAAUAUUAUAAUACAGAUCUAUAGGACAACAUGCUAGUUAUAAUAUUAUAACACAUAUCUAUAGGACAACAUGCUAGUUAUAAUAUUAUAAUACAGAUCUAUAGGACAACAUGCUAGUUAUAAUAUUAUAAUACAGAUCUAUAGGACAACAUGCUAGUUAUAAUAUUAUAAUACAGAUCUAUAGGACAACAUGCUAGUUAUAAUAUUAUAACACAGAUCUAUGGGACAACAUGCUAGUUAUAAUAUUAUAAUACAGAUCUAUAGGACAACAUGCUAGUUAUAAUAUUAUAAUACAGAUCUAUAGGACAACAUGCUAGUUAUAAUAUUAUAAUACAGAUCUAUAGGACAACAUGCUAGUUAUAAUAUUAUAACACAGAUCUAUAGGACAACAUGCUAGUUAUAAUAUUAUAAUACAGAUCUAUAGGACAACAUGCUAGUUAUAAUAUUAUAAUACAGAUCUAUAGGACAACAUGCUAGUUAUUACCGACUAUGGUAGCUAAUGAGAGCCAUAAUAACCUGACCUGUAAGUUGAAUGUAACCCCAGGUACUGUGGAGCAUCGUGACAGACCCUAUAACCCAGUGUCCUCCUUCACGCAAGCUGACGUCAACCUGGGCCGGAUCCUAUACCGCCCUCCCCAGGCCCCCUCUCACCUCCAAGAGCUCUACCAGUACUCCUUCACU